AUGGUGGGAGUUGCUUUGGAACUUGCGGAAGUUGCUUUGAAACUUGUGGAAGUUGAUUUGAAACUUGUGGAAGUUGAUUUGAAAAUUGUGGAAGUUGCUUUGGAAUUUGCGGAAGUUGAUUUGAAAAUUGUGGAAGUUGCUUUGAAAAUUGUGGAAGCUGCUUUGGAACUUGCGGAAGUUGAUUUGAAAAUUGUGGAAGCUGCUUUGGAACUUGCGGAAGUUGAUUUGAAAAUUGUGGAAGUUGCUUUGGAAUUUGCGGAAGUUGAUUUGGAAAUUGUGGAAGUUGCUUUGAAAAUUGUGGAAGAUUUGAUGGAAAGCGUGGUAGUUGAGGAUAGGUUGGAAUUGUUUGUGGUUGCUUUCUGA